AUUCUGAUGCUCAUAUGAUGGGAUUUUCUAGCUCUUUAGAUACCGAGAUGAGAACCCUUGACAUAUUUAUUAACAAUACAGAAGAAGGUCCGAAUGAGUUUGUAAGCCGAUUCACCACCUUGACGAAAGCUAGAAAGGCUUCCUUAGUUGACGAAAUCCUGUGUGCGAGUGUGCUUACAGAUGGUUGUGGGAGUAUGGCUAACAAUACUGGGCACUGUGGUAAUGUCUGUGUGCUGAACACGGAAAGUAUUUCGAAGGAAUUACGAGAUCCAAAGGAACGCAGCAUUUUUCUGGAAACGAAUGUUUUUAAUAUCAUGCGAUCUACUGACAUGGAUGCCUCCCAUGAGUUGCUUUGCUGUGCUAAUGAUGAAGUUAGCGACGUCGAAGCCGGAAAGCAGAUGAUAGCGAAUGACAGCAUCGAGUGCAUCGAUCUCGAUGGAGUUGAAGACAUCAAUGCUGGAAAUCUCGCCUUGUGUUUCUCAAGCACCGAUGCCAUGAUGUACCCGACGACAUUUGACAACUUCUUUAACGACUGUAACUCUGCUAACACUAGAGAUCAAGUCGUACGCACUGAGUUGAUCGAGGGGAUGAAGCUGAGCAAAUCUCCACAGUCGUCGUUGCCUUCCCUAGAUGACUUUCUCGCCGUGGAAAGCGAGGAAGAGGUCGUCUCUGGAGCUUCGCGCAAUUUUUAUCCUAGCAUGUGUGCUUUAGUCUCCGAGACGUUACGAUUUAGUGAAGAGUGUCACACGGAGGCUGCAAUGGAUACUAAAUUGGACGACACAUCUUUGAAUUCCCAAGAUGGCUGUGUCUCACGAUGCGAGAGCGAGGAUAACCUUGAUCUUCUUCUCCCUGGACUGACCAAAGACGAGAGCCGCGUGGUGGACAACGUGGGCGGGGUUGCGGGGAUGAGGAAGGUCGAAUUUUCAUCGUGUGUGUUGUCAGAAAAGUGGCAUGAGAGGCUAAAAGGCAUCAUCGUUGAACCUGAUGACUGUGUGCACCCGUUUACAUUGAAUGCGGAUUAUGAUUAUGAGGGAGUUUCAGUUAGUGAAGCUCUUUGAAUGAAGAAAAUUUAUUGAGAUACAUAAACGCGUUUCAAUGGAGUGAUUUGUAUAUUAUUAUUAUUAUUAUUAUUAAAUUUGAAUGUGCCUGUGUUCUCCAUUACAUUGUUGGCCAUCCAUUGCUUCUACGUAUUGAUGGGAAAUGUCAUUCUAUUGUUUUGCUUUGCUUCGAGCAGGGCAUGCAAAUGUAUGUGGUUGAGUGUUAUAAAACUAGUGCUAAACGUGUUUCAGCAAAAUUCCCUUCUCUCCUAUGAGAGUCAGGUCCACCACCCAUCCCUUGUGAAGUGGUAAA